AUGUCGGACGAUCAAGACGAAGACAACCUCCUCAAAGAUGCAACUCAUAGUUCUGCUACCGUCUACGGCCCUACGGUUCAUCGUUCAUCCACCGUGAGGAUCGAAACAGAUGAAAUCGCCAAUCUAAAGAGAAUAGCAUCUCAGCACUCCCAGAGGUCCAAGCGCCGCUCCAGUGUACACCCAUGCACUGUCUCUACUGCAGGAGACGGAGACUCGCUCGGAAGAAUCACCGAUAAUGACCCUGCCAUUAACCCGCAGGGGCCUGAGUUUGACCUGGAGAAAUGGCUGAAAUGGGUCAUAAAAGGUGCCCGAGAGAACGGGAUGAGCAGUUCCCGGGCUGGAAUUGUGUUCAAGAACCUGAAUGUGUCUGGUUCCGGAGCUGCGUUAAAACUACAAGAAACAGUGACCUCCAUGUUCAGUAUACCUACACAGGUGUCUGAGGCUUGGCGACAGCGAAGAUCUCCCCCCAAACUCAUUCUGAAGGACUUUAACGGACUAUUGGCAAGUGGACAGCUUUUGCUUGUCCUGGGCCGUCCUGGGGCUGGGUGUAGUACGUUUCUCAAGACUCUGUGUGGAGAAGUGUAUGGUCUGGAUGUGGAUAAAAAGAGCGUCCUGCAUUACAAUGGAGUCUCUCAGUCCCGGAUGAUGAAGGAAUUCAAAGGAGAAGUGGUGUACAACCAAGAGAUCGAUAAACAUUUCCCUCACCUGACGGUCGGGCAAACUCUUGAAUUCGCAGCAGCUGCACGAAUGUCAUCCCGGAGGCUGCAAGGUGCAAGUCGCGAGGAAUCCGCCAAGCAUUUGACCCAAGUUAUCAUGGCAGUCCUCGGAUUGAGUCAUACGUACAACACAAAAGUCGGCAACGACUUCAUUCGAGGAGUCUCGGGUGGAGAGAGAAAGCGUGUGAGCAUUGCCGAGAUGGCUCUUGCGAAUGCACCGCUGGCUGCCUGGGAUAAUUCCACUCGAGGCUUGGAUUCCGCCACGGCUCUCAAAUUCGUCGAAUCCCUCCGGAUAUUCGCAGACCUGGCGGGCUCUGCUCAUGCUGUCGCUGCAUACCAAGCCAGCCAAGCAAUCUAUGAGGCUUUUGACAAGGUAACUGUUCUAUACGAAGGACGGCAGAUCUUCUUCGGGUCUGCAACCACAGCGAAGCCCUUCUUCGAGGAGCAGGGCUGGGAAUGUCCUGCACGACAAACCACAGGAGAUUUCUUGGCAUCUGUUACCAACCCGCAGGAACGACGGGCACGACAGGGGAUGGAGGCCAGGGUACCACGAACGCCACAAGAAUUCGAGACCUACUGGCUUCAGUCCCGUGAGUACCACCAGCUCCAAGCUGAGAUCGCGCAAUACGAACGUUCUCACCCGUCCCCGGACGAUAAGGGGGCUGGAGCUCAAUUCCAAGAGCGGAAACUUCAGGUGCAGGCUAAACAUACACGACCUGGAUCUCCAUAUUUGAUUAGCGUGCCUAUGCAGAUCAAAUUGACAACCAAACGGGCAUAUCAACGUUUAUGGAAUGACAGAACAUCCACGAUUUCCACGAUUAUCAGCAACAUCAUGAUGGCUCUGAUUGUGGGAUCCGUGUUUUACGGGUCUCAGGACACGACGGCUGGCUUCGCGUCCAAGGGGGCUACUCUCUUCUAUGCCGUUCUUCUGAAUGCCCUGAUGGCCAUGUCAGAGAUCAACAAUCUCUACGCACAGCGUCCCAUUAUUGAGAAACAUGCUUCCUACGCAUUCUAUCAUCCCGCAGCUGAAGCCAUUGCCGGAGUUGUCAGUGAUAUCCCCGUGAAAUUCGCUCUUGCCGUUGCCUUCAACAUUACGAUGUAUUUCAUGACAAACCUACGACGCGAGGCAUCUCAGUUCUUUAUUUACUUCCUUCAUACCUUCAUCGUGAUGUUCGUCAUGAGCGCAGUCUUUCGCACUAUCGGAGCAGCCACCAAAACGAUAGCUCAAGCCAUGGGUAUCGGCGGCGUCAUGAUUUUAGCCUUGAUUGUAUAUACAGGCUACGUGUUACCAGUUCCGUCCAUGCAUCCGUGGUUUGACUGGAUCCACUGGAUUAAUCCUGUGUAUUACGCUUUUGAAGUCUUGAUUGCGAAUGAAUUCCAUGGCCGCGACUUCCCCUGUGCCCAGCUCGUCCCGCCAACAGCCAACCGGUCCGGCCGAUCUUUCACUUGCUCCUCGUCGGGGUCGGAAGCUGGCUCGCUCACUGUUAGUGGCGAUAGUUAUAUCAUGGCUAAUUAUAGUUAUAGCUAUGGCCAUGUGUGGCGAAACUUCGGAAUCCUGAUUGCGUUCCUCGUUGCGUUCAUGGCAAUUUUCUUCCUUGCUUCCGAGUUGAAUUCCUCAACCGCAAGCAUGGCGGAAGCGCUCGUUUUCCGCCGCGGCCAUGCGCCUGCCGCCCUGCGAGAGAGGCCUCGAAAACACGCGAAAGACGUGGAGACUUCAAUGAAGCUGGAAUCUGUUAAAUCUCCUACAGAGGAACUGGAUACCCGGGUCACCAUACCUCCGCAGACGGACAUAUUCACCUGGCGCGACAUAUGCUAUGACAUUGAAAUCAAGGGGGAGCCACGGCGACUCCUCGACCAUGUCUCUGGGUGGGUGAAGCCUGGUACCUUAACCGCCCUCAUGGGAGUUAGUGGUGCCGGGAAGACCACGUUGUUGGACGUAUUGGCUCAACGGACCUCUAUGGGUGUCAUCACAGGUGACAUGUUUGUGAACGGACGGACUCUGGACGUCAGCUUCCAAAGGAAGACCGGAUAUGUCCAGCAGCAGGAUUUGCAUUUGGAUACUGCAACGGUCCGGGAGUCCCUCCGGUUUAGCGCCCUACUACGACAGCCUGCAUCUGUAUCGACCAAAGAGAAAUACGAUUACAUCGAGGAAGUGAUCGCUAUGUUGAAUAUGGAGGAGUUUGCGGAGGCAGUCGUCGGUGUUCCUGGUCAGGGGUUGAAUGUUGAGCAACGGAAGCUGUUGACAAUUGGUGUUGAGUUGGCCGCGAAACCCAAGUUACUUCUUUUCUUGGAUGAGCCGACCAGUGGCCUUGACUCGCAGAGCUCAUGGGCCAUAUGCUCCUUCCUCCGCAAGCUUGCACACAGCGGGCAGGCAGUUCUUUGCACUAUUCACCAACCGAGUGCCAUGCUAUUUCAACAGUUCGAUCAGUUGCUAUUCCUGGCCAAAGGGGGAAAGACCGCGUAUUUUGGACCGAUCGGAGCCCAGUCUCGUACAUUACUUGAUUACUUCCAGUCAAACGGCGCCCGGAACUGUGCAGAUGAUGAGAAUCCAGCAGAAUACAUGAUCGAAGUGGUCAAUGAAGGUGCUAAUAGUCGAGGUCAAAGUUGGUUCGAUGUUUGGAGUCAGAGCAGCGAGAGCCAGAGCAUCCAAACGGAGAUCAACCGGAUCCAUGCAGAGCAGGCCGCGAAACCACAGGAGAGCAGCGACGACCGUGCCUCCCAGUCCGAAUUCGCAGCGCCGUUGUGGAUGCAGCUCUAUGUUGUAACCCGUCGGACGUUUCAGCAGUACUGGCGCAUGCCUGAGUACAUCGUUUCCAAAUGGGGAUUGGCUAUCAUGGCCGGGCUCUUUAUUGGAUUUUCAUUCUAUGACGCUAAGCAGUCAUUACAGGGCAUGCAGGUUUUGAUCUUCUCCUUGUUCAUGAUUUGUUCUAUCUUUGCCUCGGUCGUUCAGCAGGUGAUGCCCGUCUUUGUAACCCAGCGCGCCCUCUACGAGGUCCGUGAAAGGCCAAGCAAAGCGUAUUCCUGGAAAGCGUUUCUGAUCGCCAAUAUCAUUGUCGAGAUACCAUACCAAAUACUGAGUGGUAUCCUCACUUUUGCCUGCUACUAUUACGCCGUCGUAGGAGACGGUCAGACAUCUGACCGACAAGUCCUAGUCCUUCUGUUCUGCAUCCAAUAUUAUGUCUACGCUAGCACAUUCGCGCAUAUGAUCAUUGCGGCUAUCGAGGAUGCUAUCACAGGCAGCGCGAUUGUCGUGUUGCUCUUUUCCAUGUCUUUGACCUUCUGUGGUGUCAUGCAACCGCAAUCGGCGCUUCCCGGGUUCUGGAUGUUCAUGUACCGUGUCUCACCUUUUACUUACUGGAUAGGCGGGAUGGCCGCAACACAAUUGCAUGGAAGACAAGUGGUAUGCUCCACAGAGGAGCUGACAAUAUUCGAUCCGCCUUCCGGUCAAACCUGUCAGCAAUAUUUGGGUGGGAUGCUGGAAGCCGCCGGAGGCCAGUUGAUGAAUCCUGAUGCGACCAAGGAUUGCAAUUAUUGUUCGCUGAGCGUCGCAGAUGAGUAUAUGGCUUCUGUGGGGAUUUAUUGGACAGAUAGAUGGCGCAAUUUUGGGUUGCUGUGGGUCUUUGUUGUGUUCAAUAUCUUCAUGGCCACGGUCUUGUAUUACUUGUUUCGGAUCCGUCGAUGGAGUCCAGGUAUGCUUUUGGAGAAGGUUGCGAAGAAAUGA